AUGAGAUUGAGAUGCUCACGACCAGGAAGACCCCCCAAGCGUUCCCUGGGAGUUGCAAUUCAAGAAAAUGCACGUCUUCUGCCCCAUGGAGUCCCAGGCCUCUUAUCGCCAGGACUUAUCUCCCCGACAGAUUUAAGAACUUUGUUUUUUCCUGAUGAAACCCAGAUAAAGUUUGCAAAGCUCAAGACUCUUCAAAUCCAAGGUCUAACAGCAGCUGCCAUGGCAGAGGCCAUGAAGUUACAGAAGAUGAAACUUAUGGCAAUGAACAGUCUCCACGGAAGUGGAAGUCAAAAUGGAACGGAAUCAGAGAAUGAAGAACUCAAUUCUAAUGCAGGUGGGAGCGAGUCUUCCUGGGAUAAAGAGAAACUUCAGUCUCCUAUUACAACAGGAUCACAGCAUGGUGUUGGUCAUGCCACACUGUCAGGGCAGUCCAGCCUCGGAAGUGCACAUCCCCUCAGUCCUCUCCAGCAAAAUCACCUACUCACCAACAGGAUAGAUCUGCCAUUUAUGAUGAUGCCCCACCCCCUCCUCCCUGUCAGCCUACCUCCUGCUUCUGUUGCAAUGGCAAUGAAUCAAAUGAAUCACCUCAAUACUAUAGCUAACAUGGCUGCUGCAGCCCAGAUGCAUAGUCCUCUUUCCAGAGCAGGCGCAUCUGUUAUAAAGGAGAGAAUUCAAGACAGUCCUUCUCCUGCUCCAUCUCUGGAAGAUAGUCAGAGACCUGGAAGUCAUGCUUCUUCACAUCAGAGCAGUAGUGUGUCCAGCUCUCCAUCCCAGCUUGACAACACGCCAGAUAGAAUUGCUAUGCUGACCAACACUAGAGAUGGAGAACUCCUUGAUCAAGAUACUGGGACCAACAUAAAGAAACUUCAAAAGGAGAAAGAAGAGGUCCAAAUUGCCAUUCCAAUAAUGAAACCAACCUUAGAUAAAGUCCAACUGGCUGGACAGACCUUGCCUCCUGGAUUUCCUGCACCAUUUCUUUUUGCUGAUGGCCUUUCAUCGGUAGAAACUCUAUUAACCAAUAUUCAGGGUCUGUUGAAAGUGGCUGUGGACAAUGCCAGAGUCCAGGAAAAACAGAUACAGCAAGAAAAGAAAGAGUUAAAGAUGGAGCUUUGUAGAGAGAGAGAACUCAGAGAGAGCUUGGAAAGACAACUUACAGCCGAACUGCAAAGCAGAGGUACGUGGAUGAAGAAUGAAGCAACUAUUCAAAAACGCUUGAAGAAAGAGAAAAAAGCAAAGAGAAAAUUGCAGGAGGCCCUGGAGUUUGAAUCAAAGCGAAGAGAACAAGUGGAACAGGCACUUAAACAGGCCACGUCAGGAGACAGUCUCAGGAUGUUAAAUGAUGCUGGGAUCCCAGAUAUGGAAAUAGAACACAAUGGAACCCAACAUGACAGUGCUGCAAUGCAAGAAAACAGAACAUACAUCAAACCUACCAUCAUGUACUGAAGGAAAAUCCUAUUGUUGAAAAAUGUAUAAUGAUCACUAUCUGAAGACUAUAUAGUUCAUGAAAAAUGUCCCUACCAACCUUUGAUGCCUUCAGUGCUGUAUGAAGAAAAGGAUUUGUAGCAUGAAACUUGAAGGACAAUUUCAAGCAAUUUACUGUUGCUGCAUCGAAAACUGCCGUAUUGUCAUUAAGAAAUAUUGAGACUUUUUACAAGCUUACCAUACCAAACCAAGCCUGUUGCAACAGAUCAUUUUUAAGUCCCAGAAGAUAGAAAGAAGUUUUAGUAUUUUUAAGCACAUACAGGAAUUAUUCCCCAAAAAAGAACUAAUUUUUUUUAAGGAGGUAGCGAUUACUGUAUAGCAAUGGCACAAUGAUUUUAAGCCACAAAGGUCCUCGCUGGCUGUACAUCAUACAAGUCCAGUUUAUCACUGAAACUGUCCAACAUGGAGCUGUUUCAAUUGUGUUUAUAAAUUAAGCUUUGUUUACUAAGCUGAUACUCCAUAUAUAUUACGUUUUGAAAAGAAAUGUGUGUACAUUUUUUAAAACGAUGUAAAAAUUGUCCUUUCAUUAGAUGACCAAUUAAAGAGUGUGAGCUAAACCCUAAUAGCUGAUGUAAUAUGAGGAUUAUAAUUGAUGCUUUUUUAUGCUCAGUUCAGCUUGGCUUUUGGUCUUUUAAGAUGAAAAAAUGAAUAUGCAGUAGUGUUAGACAAUGAAAACUUUUAAGUAUGGUUUCUCUGUUGUACCAUAUUAAGUUAAAGUACACAUUCUUUGUUAAAAUGUUCUUGCUAAGAAUACAGUAUUAAAAACUUUUUGUUUGACUUUGGAAAUCUUUUAGAUUUUUUUGGAUAUGGAUACCCACAGUUACUAGGUUAAUGAAAAAUGAUAUUUUAUACUAUUAAAUAUUUCUUUUUAAAUUAAUAACAAGGGGGGGCACAAAAAAAUUCUUAGUCACACACAGAAU